UUUCAAAUCAAUUCGGAAGCAAUUCAAGAUGAAAUAGAAGAUACAAAUGAUAUAGUAGAAAUACCAAUCGAAAAUUCUCACAAUCUUAGUAGUAAAAAACAAUCGCAUAAUGAGGAUGCAUCUAAUGCUUUAGUUGAUGAUAAAAUUAGAAAGCAUAUCCUUGAUCAAGAUAAAAUUACAGAGUAUAUCCUCGAUCAAGAUAAAAUUACAGAGCUUAAUCUUCGAUCUAAGUUAAUGAUGAUUCACCAGGAUGGUCAGAAUGUGAAGUUUGCUAUGGAAAUAAAAGGGAAUUGUGUGAAUAUUGUGGUUGUUCUGUAUGUAAAUGGAAAGGAGACAGAGGUCACAUCCUCAUGUGUGAUGGUCCUUGUGGAAAAAAAUUUUAUACCAAAUGAUUAA